GACGAAGGAAUCAUUGAAAAAUUCAUACAGCAAAAGUACCUCUACUGGCUAGAGGCACUCAGCCUUUGCAAGAGCAUGCCAAAAGGAGUGGUCUCUAUGGCAGAACUGGAGGCUCUCAUAUAUAGAACAACAGCCGGUCCUAAGUUAGUCGAUUUGGUCAAAGAUGCGCGUCGGUUCAUCAUGUACCACAACAGGUCGAUAGAGGAGGCGCCUCUUCAAGCAUAUGUUUCAGCUCUGGUGUUUAGCCCUACAUCCAGUUUCAUCCGGAAAUUGUUCGACAAGGAGGCACCGCCUUGGGUCUCUAUAAAGCCGUCGAUGACAGAGAACUGGAGCGCCUGUCUGCAGACGCUCGAGGGCCACAGCGGUCCGGUCUACUCGUUAGCUUGGUGGCCUUCUCUCACGACUCGACGCGGCUGGCAUCGGCGUCGGACGACAAGACCGUUAAGGUCUGGGACGCAGCGAGCGGCACCUGUCUGCAGACGCUUGAAGGCCACAGCGGUCCGGUUAGCUCGGUGGCCUUCUCUCACAACUCGACGCGGCUGGCGUCGGCGUCGGUUGACAACACCGUUAAGGUCUGGGACGCAGCGAGCGGCGCCUGUCUACAGACACUUGAGGGCCACAGCAAUUGGGUCUGGUUGGUGGUCUUCUCUCACGACUUGACGCGGC